AUGAUGUAUCAUACCACAUUAAACAAUCGUAUCAAGGCUUUAACUAAUAAUUAUAUAUAUAUCAAUAGAAAUAACAUUUCAUAUUCUUUAAUAUGUCCGAUAUGUUUGGAUCCUCUAAUUGAUCCACAAACACAUGUUUUAUGUGAAAAUUCAUUUUGUAAUCGUUGUAUAACAAAAUUAAGAUAUUGUCCAUGUUGUCAAACAACGAUUAUAGAGUUCAAUGAUCUUAUAAUCACUGGUGAUGUUAUAAGAAAUGCUCUUGAUGAACUUCAAAUUAUGCAACCAAUACGACAAUUAUUAACGACUGCAAUUCAACGACGUUUAAUACUUAUACGUCCUUCAUUGAGUGUACAACAAGUUCGUUAUGAUGGUAGUGAUCCAACAACAUCGAAUUAUAGAAAAAGUGGAAAACAAUCUGAUCCGAGCAAAGGUAGUGAUUUAAACAAAACGAAGAUUAGUGAUAAAAAACAAAGACCGAACACAGUUGAUGAUACAAAACAGCCAGGCACAAAAAGAGAGGAUUGGACUGAUCCAAAUAAAAUAACUAGUAACGAUCCACCUUAUGGAAAAGCCGGUGGCUCCACAGAUGCACAUGAUCCUAAUCGUGGAAAGAAACCAUAA